AUGUCCUCUUCACAAACUACCCAAGUGCCCUCCACGACUAGCCAUCCCAGCCAACAGUCGGACUCGUCCCUCAGAAAAGCGGAAACCAUGACAGAAGAUCACCCGUCGGCAGAUCUCUUCCUAGUAAUCAGCCGUGCCGCUGCACAACGCCAACGAGAAAGCAUUCAGCAGCGCGAGAAACAGCAGCUUCUGGAACGGAAGUGGAAGGAAGAACACGUGCUGAAGCCACAAAGGGCACGGGAAGAAGAGGCAGAGGCAGAGGAAAAGACGAAGAAAUUGAUAGCUGAGCUAUUUGAGAAAGAAUUGAACGGGUGGAGAGAGAAACGCUUCAAGGCCGAGGCGCGGAACUAUCUUUCGAGGGCCGAGGUCGAUGCGGAAGUACAGCGGUUGGUGGAGGCGGUGGUUCAGGGGAUUGGCAUGGACAAGCGUCGCAUGGAGGACGGGACGGAAGAAUCGCACGAUGUGUGGCGGGAGAGGAUGGUCGACCUUAGGAAGCAGAUUUACCGGGUUUGGAACGACAACGAAGACAGGAUUCGCAUGGGUCUGCCACAGUAUGUGGAGGGAUACCCCGUGAGGGAAGGGAUUUGUCCACCAAAGUUUACGGCCGGGGAGAGGCAGAAGAUGUCCGGUCUGGGGGGCUGUUUGCAGUGUGAAGUGAAGCGGUUGGCAUGUUCGAUGAGUGUGCAGGCGAGAGGUUCGGGGAAGGAUUUGAAGAAUAGGGGGUGUAAGAGAUGUGAGGCGGACGGUGAUCGGUGCAUUAUCCAGUGUGAGCUGGAGCUUGUUGAAGAGGGACAAGAGGAAGGACAGGAUCAGGAGGGAAAGGAUAAGGAGAAGAAGGUGGGCCAUAUAUGGGAUUGGUGGGAUGGAGCACCAGACCGGGAGCCGGACACGGAUUCGGUGGCCGAGGCCGUCGAGAUGUGGGAGCGCCGUCGAAGGGGAGCGAGGUUGGAACCAGUAGGGGGCGUGUUGCAGUGGAUUGAGUAUAUGCGAGGAGCAUUCGGAAACAAGUAUGAAUCGAAAUUGUGUAUUGUUUAUCAGACACAAUAA